AUGGAACAACUCUCAAAUAAAUUUCAAUUAUUACAAUGGAAUUUUCGACGCCUUUUGAAUAUUCCACAGAAAACUGUAUCUCCAGUUGUUUGGCGUCCUCCAAUGAUUACGUCAUCACAUGAACCAAGUUCAGAAUUUCGAGAAAAUCUUUCAGAAGAAGAAAAUAAGAGAAUCGAUCGAAUACUCGAAGAACUUUUUCUAUUCUCAAGACUUUCUGUUCGCUUUCCAAAAAAAAUCUCAGAUUCCGAAUGGAAAACUUUUCUUGAAUUGAAAAGUCGAAAAUCAAGAUUUGAUGAAGCAAUGUUUCUGUUUCGAAAAGAGAAAUUGGAAGAAGAAGAUGCUAGGAAAAAGCUCGAAAAAGUGAAUUUCAGAAAAAUAUCAGAACAAAACGUCGGAAGUCGUGUGCCCUCUUAUAUGCUACAUUUUCCAAAUUCAGUCUCAGAAGAAUAUUAUCAAAUGAAAAGAUUGUACGAAGCAUAUCUUCUCGAAAAUCGUCCGAUUCUAGCCGUUGACUGUCAAUUUCUGAGCCGGCUCAGUCCACGGGGACGUGGAUUAACUGCACUUCAACUACAGUACCUCAUCACCGAAAAUCGACGAAACCCCGAUCCAUUUCGCCUUCAUUUUGUAAAUUAUGAUAGUAAAAAUUCGAGUAUUCAAGAUUUGGAGAAGUCAAAAUUACAAAGCAUUCGGAAAUCACACGUUUUUAAUCCUAUUGUCACUGAAAAUGGAUUAGAAACAUACGAGAAUCACUCCAAAAAUGUCAUUUAUCUAUCACCGGAUGCUACAGAAGAAUUAGAAUCUGUGGAUGAUGAUAAAAUUUAUGUAAUCGGAGGAAUCGUGGAUCGUGUACCAGAACCAGGAAUCCCAAAGCAUGCAUCGCUUGAAGCAUCACAAUCUGCAGGAGUAUUUGCCCGAAAACUUCCAAUUGAUCGAUAUGUGGAUUUCAAGUCUGGAUCUAAAUUUUUGACUCUUCUUGCCGUGGCUGAAAUUCUACGCCAGGUUAAUAUCCACGGCGAUUGGAAGAAGGCGAUGAAAGUGGCGAUCCCUGUGAGAAAUACGAGAGGAGCUGACGAGAAGAAUCCAAAAGCACGUGCUGCACAGUUACGGAUUCAUGCUUUUAAUCAGGAAAUUUUAAAGCGAAUCGAUAGAAGGUUAGGUAAAGAUUUUAUUUAGAUUAUAAAAAGUUAUGUUGUUUUUUUUGUUGCUUAUUUAAAAUUGUUGUUUUUUGUCAGAAAUUUUCAAAAAAAAAAUUGUUAAAUCUUUUUCAAAUUACGAAUAAAUAUUUUAUUU